GCAUCCAUUCAAACCUCUCCUCAAACCUCUCCUUUCUUGCCACCGACCCACCUUCUCCCACAGUUCCUCUAACCAACAUGUCUUAUCCCUGACUCUAAAACCUAAUGCUCUCUCCCCCCUCUCUUUCUCUUCAAACCAAUCAACAAACUAUGGUCAUCAAUGGCUACUCCUUCAUUCAUUUCCUAUUCAACCUUUCUUUCCUAAUUCUUCUCACCUUCUUCCUCACUGCUUAUCCUCGUUCUCUCACCACCACCACCCCACAAGAAGUCUGCAAAUCCAACCAACAAUAUGUUCCUGAAGGCUACGUAGACUACCUCUACAUCUACUACUGCUCUUGUAAGAGCUACCCAAUCUUAGGAUACACCUUUCUUUUCCUCUGGCUUCUAGUCUUGUUCUACCUUCUUGGCAACACUGCUUCCCAAUACUUCUGCUCCUCUUUGGAGAAGCUAUCUAGAGUUUUGAGACUUUCCCCUUCCAUAGCUGGUGUCACCUUGCUGUCCUUAGGGAAUGGUGCCCCUGAUGUGUUUUCAAGUCUUGUAUCUUUUGCUGGCUCUGGUGCAGGGGAGGUUGGGAUCAGCAGUGUCCUUGGAGGUGCAUUCUUUGUCACCACAGUGGUUGUUGGAGUUAUGACUUUGUUCAUCUCCUUCACCCUUUCUACUUCUUCCUCCUCUAUUGUUACAAUUGAUAAGUCUAGUUUCUUAAGAGACACUGGUUUUUUCAUUCUGGUCUUAUCUUCUCUUGUUGUGAUGUUGCUCAUUGGAAGCAUCAAUUUGUGGGGGUCUUUGUGCUUUUUCUGUCUCUACAUUGUCUAUGUUUUUGUUGUCUCCACAUGCCAUCUUUGUAGCAAGAUACAAGUUGAAAUGGGAGUUCCACUUCUUGAAGGAAUCAAAGUAGAAGAACAGGUUUGCAAUGAGAGGACAAGCAUAACAACAGUUCAGGAAUGUCAUGGAUACUUGAAGCUGGUGUUUCAGCUCAUAGAGCUACCACUUUAUCUUCCAAGAAGAAUAACAAUACCAGAUGUAUCUGAAGAAAGAUGGUCAAAACCAUUUGCAGUUGCCUCAGUGGUUUUAUCCCCAUUGCUGUUGGCAACUCUUUGGAAUUCUCAAACAGGAUUAGCCGAGAUUGGAUCAGACAACAGCAUCACAGUGUUCUUGUUGGGUGGUGUGGCAGGGUUGGUGUUAGGAAUCACUGCAUUUGAGAGCACUGAAAGUUCAGGUCCUCCAACAAAGUGCUUGUUUCCAUGGCUUGCUGGAGGGUUUUUAAUGAGUGUAGUUUGGGCUUACAUCAUUGCAAGGGAGCUUGUUUCUCUUCUGGUCUCAAUUGGGGUUAUACUUGGGAUAAGUCCUUCAAUUUUAGGACUGACUGUGUUGGCUUGGGGCAACUCUGUUGGUGAUCUUAUGGCUAAUGUAGCCAUGGCUGUUAAUGGAGGUCAAGAUGGAGUUCAAGUUGCAAUCUCUGGAUGUUAUGCAGGGCCUAUAUUUAAUACACUUGUGGGGCUGGGAUUGUCCCUUGUUUUCUCAUCUUGGAGGGUAUACCCUUCAUCUUUUGAGAUCCCAAAGGAGAAGCCAUUGUUUGAGACCUUGGUUUUCUUGAUUGCUGGAAUUCUUUGGGCUAUGGUGAUAGUGCCAAGCAGGGAGAUGAAGCUUGACAGAGUGUUGGGUGUUGGUCUCCUUGCCAUCUAUGCUUGUUUUCUUUGUUUAAGAAUUAGUGAGUAUCUUGGAAUUGUGCAGAUUGAAGACUUCUUCCAUCUCUGAGUGUUUCUUUUUUUCUUCUCCUCUUUUUGUAACAUUAUUUGUAAAUUAACUUGUAUUGUGGGUUGUUUCUAACAUCUGUAUAAUUCGCAUGUGAGCUAAUUAAAUAAAGGUUUAAAACCACAAAUUGGAGGAAAUUCCAAUUUAUAUA